CUCUUGGUUCAGUGAGCGCAACAGUUGCUCUUCUUCCACCACCAAGUCAGGCGCGGUUCUUCCUCUCUUUGCUCCCCACGGCGACUUCGUUACCACCGGAGCCGUGAAGCCGAUACGGGUGUGGCGUUCAAUCAGUUACCACGCCGUCUCGCUUUCUCUCUGGCUGUCGCUCACCGUUUUUUGACGGAAGAAAUUACGAGAGCGGAAACGGUCCGGCAGCCUCUGAAUUUUCCUUUUUAAUGGAGAACUCAGAAUCCGAUGAGCCAGACAAGAAGCGGCCUCAUCUCGAUUCUCCUGUUUCGCCCGCCAUGUCUCGUAAUCACGCCAGUUCUCCGACCAAGAAUCAAACCGUUGAUGUUAUGGUUCUCCAUCACCAGAAUCAAAAGCUUGUUCAACAAUUGGAUCUCCAAAAGCGCGAAUUGCGUGAUCUAGAAGCCAAGAUUGCAGAACUGAAAGGUAAUCAGGCUUCAUAUGAUGAGAUUCUCAUCACAACAAAUCAAGUGUGGAAUCAGUUGGUCGACGAUUUGGUUCUACUUAGUGCACGAGCUGGUGGUGGCCCGAAUGUGCUACAAACUUUCGAUGAUGCAGAUUAUUCUCGAGGUAUCGGUCAGCUUUUGUUCUUACCACUAAUUGUAAUGCCACUAUCCUCAACUCUUCUGAAGUGCUUAUUUCCGGUUUCUUCUCCUGUUGCAUCUUAUAUUUUGUGUGAUGCCAUCAUUCAGUUGUCGAGGCUUGAUGAUAUGAUGAGAGAAGAAGCACGGAAUCUGCAGGAGGUGAUUGAUAUUCUCCACGUAAAGCAUAAAGAAUACAUGGAGGGAAUUGAGAAUUACACAAGCAUGCAUUCAACAGAACAAUCUGAAAUUUCACGCCUUGCAGGUGAGCUGGAAGAAUGUAUGGCUGAACUAGAAGACAGCAGAAGAAAGUUGAUCAAUCUGGAGAUGCAAAAAGAUACUGAUGCUGAAAUACAUGGUCCAAUUCCAAGUGCUGCAAAUGGAAGCCUGUCCCCAGAGAAGUCUUCUGAUAGAUCUAAGGGAUUGCGAGAGUUGCGAGAUUCCAUAGAGGAAAUUAAGUUGCUAGCUGCUGCCCGUCUUUCUGAGCUUCAAGAUGCACAAGAAGAAAAUCAGAUCUUAUCAAAAGAUUUGGAAGUUCUUCAGGCUGAUAGGUCUUCAAUUGUCAGAAGGGAGAAGGAAGUAAGUAUAAAAUUGGAGUCAGCUGACUUUGCCAGGAAUUCAAUAGCCAGUGACAAUUCUGGAAUUGAAGAGCUCGAAGCUCAGCUGCAAAAGUGUAAGAUUGAAAAGAAUGAUCUUGAGAUUAAAGCGGAAGAAGCUGUCCAAGAUUCUGGGAGAAAGGAUAUUAAAGCAGAGUUCCGUGUUAUGGCCUCUGCAUUAUCCAAGGAAAUGAGUAUGAUGGAAGUUCAAUUGAAUCGAUGGAAGCAAACAGCAGAUGAAGCACUUGCCUUGCAAGAAAAAUCCCGAUCAUUGAAAGCUUUGUUGAUUGAAAAGACGAAUGAACAAGACAGCUUGGCAGGAAAGUGUGCUGAACAAGUGAUAGAAAUCAAAACAUUGAAGACUCAGGUUGAAAGUUUGCAGAAGGAGAAACUGGAGCUGCAGACGAUAUUGGAUAUGUAUGGGCAGGAAGGCUCUGAUAAUAGAGAUGUAAUGGAGCUCAAUGAAGCAAUUGCUAUCAAAGAGAAGGAUGCCGAGGCAUUUAUUUCUGAAAUUGAGACUGUUGGUCAAGCCUAUGAAGAUAUGCAGACGCAGAACCAGCAUCUACUGCAACAAGUUACUGAAAGAGAUGACUACAAUAUCAAGCUCGUUUCUGAUAGUGUGAAGACAAAGCAGGCCCACGGCAUUUUGGUAGCUGAGAAACAGGCCCUGACAAAGCAACUUCAACAGUUAAAUGCAUCAAUAGAACAAGUGAAAACGAGGAUCGCCCAUAGUGAGGAACAAAUGAAAACAUGUUUUGCUGAUGCAAUCCGGUAUACUGAAGAAGAAAGACAUCUAGCAGUCACUCUCGAGAUGGCUCGGUGGGAACUAACAGAUGCUGAGAAGGAACAGAAAUGGAUCAAAUAUGCUAUUGCUUCUUCUGAAAAGGAAUACGAGCAGAUCCAAAAGAAGUCGGACGAAGUAAGAACAGAGCUGGAGAAUGAAAGAUAUGAGAGGCAGAAAGUGGAGGAAGAGCUGUUGGAGCUGAACAAUCAGAUCGCCGAGUUGAUUUCAGAGACCAGUGAAGCUGCUAUAGAAAGACUCCAGGAUGAAAUUAAUGACUGCAAAAGGAUUCUCAAGUGCAGUGUAUGCUCGGAUCGGCCCAAGGAAGUUGUGAUCGUGAAAUGUUACCACCUGUUCUGCAAUCCGUGCAUCCAAAGAAAUCUGGAGUUACGGCAUCGCAAGUGCCCUGGGUGCGGAACAGCCUUCGGUCAGAGCGAUGUACGGUUCGUAAAGAUAUGAACAGGCGUCGGUCGAUGGUUUGGCACAUGAGCUUUGUUUUGUUUGUUUGUUUAUUUAUGUCACAGGCGAAAUAUGAAUAUAGUAUGUAGGUGUUAUGUUGUAGGCAAGUGAAAUUAUCGACCUUGGGCAGUAGUAUCGAUAGGUUAUCGUACCCUUUUGCCUGGUCGGAAUGGGUUAAGAUGGCACAGAUUACUGGCAGGUAGACAGAUGAUGUUUCUCUUAUGGUAGGAACAUAAAAAUUUGCAGGUCAAAUUCGUGAUACCAGCUUUCUCCUCGAUCAUGCCUGCCUAACAUGGAGAGGUUCAUGUGGCCGUCAAGAUGAUAUCCGAAUAGUCCCGCGUUUUAUACCAACUUGAGCGUACCAAUGUCCUGUUGUAAUGUGUACGUAGGCGUAACAAAUGGGUUUGUGCCAUCAUAAACUGAUGAUUUUAAACUUAAAUUGGUGAAUUUUAGGGGUGUGCAAUGGUUGAUUCGAAGUGAACCGGAUCGAACCAACGCCUUGAAUAGACUAUAGUGUAAUAAAUAUAAUAUGAUCCGGUCUUUGGUCCUGUGAAUUCUUUAAAUUAUGAAGAAAAAUGAACCGAAUUGACAUUUAGA